GUAUCUGCCCCAGGAUUCGGUACAGUGCCCGGCACAGAGUAAGCGCUUGACAGAUACCAUUAAAAACAAAACAGGCUUGGAGAAACGUGCGGUACCAAGGAGGACAGACCAAGACUGGAACCAGCAGAUCUGUGUUGCUUGAGGGAAAAAAGAUGAAACUGAAAUCUUUGGCUGGCGGAUAGAUGGGUCUGUGGAACUCUUUUCAAGAAGUACAAGCGAUUCCAUGUCUUUUUUGGAUUGUUUCUGCACCCCACGGACACAAGUCGAAUCGAUCGGAGCCGAAAAGCAGUGUGAGGCCAGCAGCGUCCAUCGGUACUGGGUGGAUGAGCCAUUUCUCUCCCGGGUCCCUUCGUCUCUCGGAGGAAAUGAGAUGCCCUCGCACUCCUCCGAUGCUUCCCACUACGAACUCCAAGCAGAAAUAGGAAGAGGAUUUGACAACCUGACUUCAGUCUACCUGGCCCGGCACACUCCCACUGGCACCCCAGUGGCCGUGAGAAUCACUGACCUGGAAAACUGUUCAGAAGAACACCUGGAAGCGCUGCAGAAGGAGGUGGUGGUCUCCCACUGCUUCCGACAUCCCAACAUCAUGACACUGUGGACGGUGUUCACCGCGGGAACCUGGCUGUGGGUCAUCUCUCCCUUCAUGGCCUACGGUUCGGCGAGUCACCUCUUGAGGACUCACUUCCCCGAAGGCAUGAGCGAGGCCUUGAUAGGGAACAUUCUUCUUGGAGCCGUGAGAGGCUUGAACUAUCUCCAUCAGAACGGCUGCAUUCACAGGAGUCUUAAAGCCAGUCACAUCCUGAUUUCCGGAGAUGGCCUGGUCACUCUGUCUGGCUUCUCCCGACUCUACAGUCUGGUUAAGCACGGGCAAAAAUCUGAAGUCGUGUACGACUUUCCCCACUUCAGUCCAGCGGUGCACCCGUGGCUCAGCCCAGAACUACUGAGACAGGAUUUGUACGGCUACAACGUGAAAUCGGACAUUUACAGCGUCGGGAUAACCGCCUGUGAAUUAGCCAAUGGGCAGGUGCCUUUCCAAGACAUGCACCGGACUCAGAUGCUCUUGCAAAAGCUGAAGGGUCCUUCUUAUUGCCCCUUGGAUGGAAAUCCCUUCCCCGCCGUGGAAUGGAGGAUGAAGAACUCCCGGUCGGGCAUCGACUCCGGGAUCGGAGAGAGCGUGCUGGUGCCCAGCCUGACCCGCACCACCCUCAGCGAGCGGCUGCAGACGCCGGCCCCCAGGACCUUCUCCCCGGCUUUCCACAGUCUGGUGGAGCUCUGCCUGCAGCGGGACCCCGAGAGAAGGCCGUCCGCAAGCAGCCUCCUGUCCCAUGUGUUCUUCAAGCAGAUAAAAGAGCGUCCCCGGGAUUCCUUGGUGUCUCUGCUGCCGCGGGCCCUCCGUCCCAGCGAGCCACCCGGGGCGGUGCCCGCCGCCGAGCGCCCCCCAGGCCCGGCCCGGGCGGGGCUCGCCCCAGAAUGCGCCGCUGGGGGAGACCCACCCUGGGAAUUCUAGAACAGACGGUGUCUCCUUGCUGCUUUUUUUUUUUUCUUUUGGCCGCCCUUAGUACGGUCGGGGC